AUGAGCUCCGUCGUCGGCGCGAGCGUGCUGGCGCGUGUGGCGCAGGAGGUGAAGCAGAGCAAGGAGCGGCAGUUCACGGACGUGCACGGGGAGCUGCUGGCAACGCUGCCAGCCGACGACCUCCGCCUGCUGCAGGCGGCCAGCGAGUUGGUGGCGCGCGACCUGGUGGUCAAGGUCACGGCGACGCCCUCGCAGCGCUGCUUCUACCGCGUCGAGUCGCUCAACAAGUACCGGCGGCGCGACCGAGACGCCGACACGAGCCUGGACAGCGUCACACAGCCGUUCGACGAGUCCAUGGUGAGCGGCGGGGGCGCCAACUACUACAACUGCUUCAGCCACUACUGCACGUGCGCCGCCUUCCACGAGACGACGGUGGCCACGAGCGCCACGGCCAUGUGCAAGCACAUGGUUGCGCGGUUGCUGGCGGACGCCACCGGCCAGUUCCAGACCAUGCAGGUCGAGGACGCCCACUUCGCGCAGAUGCUCUGUCCCCCUCCGUCCACCGACGCAGACGCCAUGCUCUUCUCACCCGGUCGGUGA